GCGCUAGAGGCGCAAACCCAAGAAAGAGCAGAGAAGUGAGUGAGUGCCGAGAAACUCAGAAAAUGGCUGAAGGGCUUGUUCUCCGAGGCACCAUGCGUGCCCAUACCGACAUGGUCACCGCCAUUGCCACCCCAAUCGACAAUUCUGGUAUGAUUGUUUCAUCUUCCCGCGAUAAAUCAAUCAUUUUGUGGCAUCUUACCAAGGAGGAGAAGACUUACGGUGUUCCUCGCCGCAGGCUCACCGGCCACGGCCACUUCGUUCAGGAUGUUGUUCUCUCUUCCGACGGCCAGUUCGCGCUCUCCGGCUCCUGGGACGGCGAGCUCAGGCUCUGGGACUUGACCGCUGGUGUCUCCGCCCGCCGAUUUGUGGGCCACACCAAGGAUGUGCUCUCUGUCGCCUUCUCAAUUGACAAUCGUCAGAUCAUGUCGGCUUCUCGUGACCGCACAAUUAAGCUCUGGAAUACUCUUGGCGAGUGCAAGUACACCAUCCAGGACAGUGAUGCCCACUCUGAUUGGGUCAGUUGUGUUCGUUUCAGCCCAAGUACGCUCCAACCAACUAUUGUUUCUGCCUCGUGGGACCGAACCGUGAAGGUUUGGAACUUGACUAACUGUAAGUUGAGGAACACUCUUGCUGGCCACACCGGCUAUGUCAACACGGUGGCGGUUUCUCCUGAUGGCUCGCUGUGCGCUAGUGGCGGCAAAGAUGGAGUGAUUUUGCUUUGGGAUUUGGCUGAGGGGAAGAGGCUGUACUCCCUUGAUGCUGGUGCUAUCAUCCAUGCUCUCUGCUUCAGUCCUAACAGGUACUGGCUCUGUGCGGCUACAGAACAGAGCAUUAAGAUCUGGGAUUUGGAGAGCAAGAGCAUUGUUGAGGAUUUGAGGGUUGACCUGAAAACUGAAGCUGAAACGGCUGAAUUCACCAACACCAAGAAGAAGGUUAUCUACUGCACUUGUUUGAGCUGGAGUGCUGAUGGAAGCACGUUGUUCAGUGGCUACACUGACGGUGUGAUCCGAGUCUGGGGAAUCGGACGUCAGUAGGAAAGCCCAUCAGGAAAAACUAUGAAAUGCUAGCCUGUUUGAAAUUGAGAAGAAAAUGAGUGAUUUCUAAUCUAGAUAAAGUCCAAAAAGUUUUAGGUUGUUCCUUUGUGGGUUCAAUUUGUAUGUUGAAGAUAAUGGCCUUGAGGCGGCCUUUUAUUUUUGUUUAAAUAUUCACCUUGGUUACCAUUUGUUAUAAGAUUUUGCUUCAUUAUCUUGUGUUCA